AGAGCACCAACGCCGGCACACACCUCCAAUGGCGGCUCCGCCACUCCUCCACCGCCAUUUCUCCAAUUCUCUCUCAUCUCCGCCCCUCCACCGCCACUUCACCUAUUCUCUCUCCUUUCCCUCCCCGUCCAUAUGCCCCGCUGCUCUCGAACCAAAUCUCUUCAUCUCACCUAAACCCCCCUUAAACCUCAGCAAAACAUUUACAUCCGUUUCCUUCCAAAACCAUCGCAGAAAGCCCACGAGCUUCGCCCCCGCCUCACACGCAACCGAUUGCGAGCCAGAAUCGCGCGAAAAUCGCGUUGAAGAAGCGCGGGAAGCCGUUUCCGAGUAUCUGCAAAAAUACGGAGCUUCGCGAGAGGACGCGAAUUACGUUUCCUCAAACUGCCCUAGCUAUCUUAGCAUGCUGAUUGACGGCGUGGAUGACCUCGACGGUUGGAAUUCGUUGGCCGCCGCCGCGGAGAAUGUAGAGUUCAAGAGGAAAGUGUCUCAAAUGGCGGAACAAAAAGGGGAUAAGGGCGUUCUUCCCUUUUUGGAGAGUAUUGGCCUUUCUCUCGCCUCGGCUUCUCGCUUAGCGCGAUAUUUAUCUUCUUCCAAGUCCAACGCGCUUACGCGCCUAAUUCACAAGGUUGAGUAUAUGAAGGAAAUAUUAUUUUGUGGCAGUGAUGAUGGUGGAAUCAUUGGGAAAAAUGCGUUGAGAAUGAUGGCUCAUAUCUCCAUUUCCGCUGAUGAUGAAUUGCAGCAAACUUUAGCAUUUUUAGAGAAGAUUCAAGCGAGGCGUGGUGGUUUGCAUCUAUUAGGUUCUGAGAAUGCCUCUUUUGGGUAUCUGAUUGAAUCCUUUCCCCAUCUUCUUGUCCUGCCUCUAGAAUCUUGUGUGAAGCCAAUCGUGUUGUUUUUGGAAGUCGUCAGAGUCCCUAAAGAAUGCAUACGAAACAUAAUAUUGCUGUUCCCGCCUGUUCUGACCUAUGAUAUUGACACAGAUAUCAAACCAAGAUUGAGGUCAUUUGAGAAGAUUGGUGUGAAGGAUAAUGAUCUUGGGAAGAUGCUCGUUAAGUAUCCAUGGAUUCUUUCUGCUAGCAUCCUAGAGAACUUGGAGAAAAUCCUCGAUUUCUUUGAUGAAUUGAAGGUUCCAAGAAGCUGCUCCUCGCAAGCAAUCAUAAGCUGGCCACAUAUUUUGGGUUGUUCAGUUAGUAAGAUGAAGUUGAUAGUGGAAGAAUUGAGUAAAAUGGAUAUUAAAAGUAAGAAGUUAGGUCAUGUCAUUGCUACAAGUCCUCAACUACUACUUCGCAAGCCUCAGGAAUUACUUCAGGUGAUGUCCUUCUUUAAGGAUUUAGGAAUGGAUGAGGAUGCCAUUGCUAGGACGCUUGGCCGUUGCCCUGAAAUUUUCGCUGCAAACAUAGACAAAACGCUUGAUAAGAAGUUGCAAUUUCUCUCUAACAUUGGCAUCUCCAAAGCCAACAUCCCACGAGUUGUCAGGAAAUACCCAGAACUAUUUGUUUGUGAUGUCGACAGGGCUUUACUUCCCAGAAUGAGGUACCUGAUUGAGAUCGGAUUGUCAAAGAAAGAUGUCGGGUUCAUGGUACGGAGGUUCUCUCCUUUACUCGGGUACAGCAUUGAUGAGGUCUUGAGACCUAAACUGGAGUUCCUAGUGAACACCAUGGGAAGGCCUGUACGUGACGUGGUGGAUUACCCGAGAUACUUCAGCUACUCGUUGGAGAAGAAGAUAAAGCCGAGGUAUUGGGUUCUGAAAAGUAGGAACAUAGAUCUUUCAUUGAAGGAGAUGUUGGGCAAAAAUGAUGAGGAAUUUGCAGAUGUAUAUAUAGGUGAUGGAGAGGUGCUUGUUCCUCCCUCUUGAAACCUUUGCAAUCACUUAGUUUAGGGAUCGUUCUCUAUUUAUCAUUAUGUUUUAGUGUUGUGUAGUGUUGUAUAUGACAUUAAACUAUGAUAGAAAAUUAAGGAUUGUGUAUAUGAUAUGGAUUCUUUGAAAUAGCAAUGAUAGAUUAUCACUUUGAUUUUA